UAUAUAAGAUUCUGUUGAAGGCAGGCGGCCCAGAGAGCUGAUGAGCCGCUCGCUCGUGUUGGUCGCUACGGCGAAGUUGUUACACUCCCGACGCUUUUUUUCUUGGAAUUUCCCACAUCAUGGAUUUAAAUGAAGAGAGAAACUUGGACGACCUUUUCUGCUAAUCCCACCGCUAUCUCUGCUCCGCAAUACGUGCCUUAUCAGUUGUUCAGACUGACACCAAGCCUGCAGAAAUGUCGGACAAGAUGUCUAGUUUCCUUCACAUUGGAGACAUCUGCUCCCUCUAUGCAGAAGGCUCGACCAAUGGAUUCAUCAGCACUUUAGGACUUGUAGAUGACCGGUGUGUGGUACAGCCAGAUGCAGGAGACCUCAGUAAUCCUCCCAAGAAGUUUCGAGACUGCCUCUUCAAGCUGUGCCCCAUGAACAGAUAUUCUGCACAAAAGCAGUUCUGGAAGGCAGCGAAGCCGGGAGGGAACAGCACAACGGACACAGUGCUGCUGAAUAAGCUGCAUCACGCUGCAGAUCUGGAGAAGAAACAAAACGAGUCUGAAAAUAGGAAGCUGCUGGGGACAGUGAUACAGUACGGAAACGUCAUUCAGCUGUUGCAUCUGAAGAGUAAUAAGUACCUGACGGUAAACAAGCGUCUGCCUGCCCUUCUUGAGAAGAAUGCUAUGCGGGUGAUGCUGGACGCUGCUGGAAACGAAGGCUCUUGGUUCUACAUACAGCCCUUUUACAAGCUGCGCUCCAUUGGAGACAGUGUGGUGAUUGGGGACAAGGUGGUUCUCAACCCGGUUAAUGCUGGCCAGCCUCUGCAUGCCAGUAGCCACCAACUGGUGGACAAUCCUGGGUGCAAUGAGGUGAACUCUGUGAAUUGCAACACUAGCUGGAAAAUUGUUCUGUUCAUGAAAUGGAGUGACAACCAGGACGUUGUUUUGAAAGGGGGCGAUGUGGUCCGGCUGUUCCAUGCAGAGCAGGAGAAGUUCCUCACCUGCGAUGACCACCGGAAGAAGCAGUACGUCUUCCUGCGGACUACAGGGCGUCAGUCUGCCACGUCCGCCACCAGCAGCAAGGCCUUGUGGGAGGUGGAGGUGGUCCAGCACGACCCCUGCCGGGGGGGAGCUGGCUACUGGAACAGCCUCUUCAGGUUUAAGCAUCUGGCGACGGGACAUUACCUGGCUGCAGAGGUGAACCCGGAUUAUGAAGAAGAGUGCCUUGAUUCUCGUUCAUCACUGGACUCCGACCAGGAAGCCCUUCGAGCACGGCUUCGCACAACCCAGGAGAAGGUCAUGUAUACGCUGGUCUCGGUCCCCGAUGGCAAUGACAUCUCGUCCAUAUUUGAGCUGGACCCUACCACUCUGAGAGGUGGGGACUCCCUUGUACCAAGAAACUCCUACGUCAGGCUCAGGCACCUGUGCACCAACACGUGGGUCCACAGCACCAACAACCCGAUUGACAAGGAGGAGGAGAAGCCGGUGAUGCUUUGUAUUGGCACAUCUGCUCUUAAAGAGGAUAAGGAGGCGUUUGCCAUAGUGCCCGUUUCCCCAGCUGAAGUACGAGACUUGGACUUUGCUAACGAUGCCAGCAAAGUGCUGGCAUCCAUUGCUGGAAAACUAGAGAAAGGAACUAUUACGCAGAACGAGAGGAGGUUUGUCACUAAACUGUUAGAGGACCUGGUCUUCUUUGUGGUGGACAUUCCCAACAAUGGCCAGGACGUUCUGGAGAUCAUGGUCAACAAGCCAAACCGAGAGCGGCAGAAGCUCAUGAGGGAGCAGAACAUCCUCAAGCAGAUCUUCAAGCUACUGCAGGCCCCCUUCACAGACAGCGGAGAUGGUCCAAUGCUGCGAUUGGAGGAGCUGGCUGACCAGCGGCACGCCCCCUUCCGGCACAUCUGCCGCCUCUGCUACCGCGUGCUGCGCCACUCUCAGCAAGACUACCGGAAGAACCAGGAAUACAUAGCGAAACAGUUCCGCUUCAUGCAGAAGCAGAUCGGGUACGACGUGCUGGCUGAGGAUACCAUCACGGCCCUGCUGCAUAACAACCGCAAGCUGCUGGAGAAGCACAUCACCGCAGCUGAGAUUGACACCUUUGUCAGUCUGGUGAGGAAGAACAGGGAACCCAGGUUCCUGGACUAUCUGUCAGAUCUUUGCGUGUCCAUGAACAAGUCCAUCCCAGUGACCCAGGAACUCAUCUGUAAUGCGGUGCUAGACCCUAACAAUGCAGACAUCCUCAUUGAGACUAAACUGGUGCUCUCCCGCUUUGAGAUUGAGGGCAUGCCCAUGGGAGAGAAUUCAGUAGAGUCUGAAGAGGAUGAGGAGGAAGUGUGGCUCUUCUGGAAAGACAGCAACAAGGAAAUUCGCAGUAAAAGUAUUCGAGAGUUGGCCCAGGAUGCCAAGGAGGGGCAGAAGGAGGAUCAGGAAGUAAUCGGUUACUACAGAUACCAGCUGAAUCUGUUUGCCCGCAUGUGCCUGGACCGGCAGUACCUGGCAAUCAACAAGAUCUCUGGCCAGCUGGAUGUGGACCUGAUCUUGCGUUGCAUGUCUGAUGAGGACCUGCCCUAUGACCUGCGUGCCUCCUUCACACGCAUGAUGCUGCACAUGCAUGUGGAUCGUGACCCCCAGGAGCAGGUCACGCCCGUCAAGUAUGCCCGCCUGUGGUCUGAGAUCCCAUCCCAGAUUGCCAUUGAUGACUAUGAUAAUGAUGGAACAUCCAAAGAUGACAUUAAAGAGCGAUUUGCUCAGACCAUGGAGUUUGUGGAGAAUUAUUUGAGAGAUGUGGUUUGUCAGAGCUUCCCUUUCUCCGAUAAAGAGAAAAACAAACUGACCUUUGAGGUUGUAAAUUUAGCAAGGAACCUGAUUUAUUUUGGAUUCUACAACUUCAGUGACCUUCUGAGGCUGACUAAAAUCCUCUUGGCCAUUUUGGAUUGUGUCCAUGUCAGCACCAUCUACCCCAUUAAGUUGGAAAAAGGGGAUGAGAACAAAGGUAGUAAUGUCAUGCGCUCCAUACAUGGGGUGGGUGAGCUGAUGACCCAGGUGGUCCUGAGAGGUGGUGGUUUCCUGCCUGCUGCCCCUGUCAACCCACCAAACGGUGAUGUUGUCAAGACUCAGACUGAGCCAGAGAAGGAAGACAUAUUGGUAAUGGACACUAAACUGAAGAUCAUUGAAAUCCUCCAGUUCAUCCUAAAUGUCCGUCUGGACUAUCGAAUCUCCUGCCUGCUUUGUAUCUUCAAACGGGAGUUUGAUGAGAGCAAUUCUCAGGCAGAUCUAUCACUGGGCAGUGGUCAGGAACUACCUAGUAACAUGCCAGGAGCGCUGGAUUUUGAGCAUAUAGAGGAGCAAGCGGAAGGGAUUUUUGGUGGCAGUGAGGAGAACACGCCCUUGGACCUAGACGACCAUGGAGGGAGGACAUUCCUCAGAGUCCUUCUUCACUUGACAAUGCAUGAUUACCCUCCUCUGGUGUCUGGGGCUCUUCACCUUCUCUUCAGACAUUUCAGUCAGCGACAGGAGGUCCUGCAGGCCUUUAAACAGGUUCAGCUGCUGGUGACAAGUCAGGAUGUGGAAAACUACAAGCAGAUCAAGUCAGACCUGGACCAACUUCGCUCCAUCGUGGAGAAGUCCGAGCUGUGGGUUUAUAAGCGGCAGGGUCCGGAUGAAGGCAUCGACCCUGGUGAUGGACCAUCAGAGUCGGUCCACAAGAAAGGAGAUACGACUCAGAAAAACAGCUCAGAAAAACCAAAGAAACCGGAAAGCACCAGUAGUUACAACUACCGAGUUGUAAAAGAGGUUCUGCUGCGUCUCAGCAAGCUGUGUGUUCAGGAGGGUGCGUCAGGUCGGAAGAGCAAGAAGCAGCAGCAGAGGCUCCUGAGGAACAUGGGCGCUCAUUCGGUGGUCCUGGAACUUCUGCAGAUCCCUUAUGAGAAGGGGGAGGAUGUUCGCAUGCAGGAGAUAAUGAAGUUAGCCCACCAGUUUCUGCAGAAUUUCUGUGCCGGGAACCAGCAAAACCAGGCCCUGCUUCACAAGCACAUCAACCUCUUUCUAAACCCUGGGAUCCUGGAGGCAGUAACCAUGCAACAUAUAUUCAUGAACAACUUCCAGCUCUGCAGCGAGAUCAAUGAGCGCGUGGUGCAGCACUUUGUUCACUGCAUUGAGACGCAUGGCCGUAACGUGCAGUACCUCAAGUUCUUACAGACCAUCGUCAAGGCUGAGGGGAAGUUCAUCAAGAAGUGUCAGGAUGUCGUAAUGGCUGAGCUGGUAAACGCAGGGGAGGACGUGCUGGUCUUCUACAAUGAUAGAGCCUCCUUCCAGACACUGGUGCAAAUGAUGCGGUCGGAGCGAGACCGCAUGGAUGAGAACAGCCAGCUGAUGUACCAUAUCCACCUGGUGGAGCUCUUGGCCGUCUGCACCGAAGGCAAGAACGUCUACACAGAGAUCAAGUGCAACUCGCUGCUGCCUCUUGAUGACAUCGUCCGUGUGGUAACGCACGAGGACUGCAUCCCAGAGGUGAAAAUUGCCUACAUCAACUUCCUAAAUCACUGCUAUGUGGACACCGAGGUGGAGAUGAAGGAGAUCUACACCAGUAACCACAUGUGGAAGCUCUUUGAGAAUUUCCUGGUUGACAUCUGCCGGGUGUGCAACAACACAAGUGACAGGAAACACGCUGAUACAGUGCUGGAGCGCUAUGUGACGGAGACGGUCAUGAGCAUCGUGACCACGUUCUUCAGCUCUCCCUUCUCAGAUCAGAGCACCAGUCUGCAGGAAUCUAUUCUGGGCAAAAUAUUAGAGACCCGGCAGCCGGUCUUCGUGCAGCUCCUGCAGGGAGUCUUUCGGGUGUAUCACUGUCACUGGCUGAUUCCAGCACAGAAGGGCUCUGUAGAGAGCUGUAUUAAGGUGCUUUCUGAUGUGGCCAAAAGUCGAGCAAUCGCAAUACCGGUGGACCUGGACGGCCAGGUGAACAGCCUCUUUGUCAAGUCAAACAACAUUGUGCAGAAGACCGCCAUGAGCUGGCGCCAGUCUGUGCGGAACGCUACCCGCCGUGAGUCGGUGGUCACCACCUCGCGGGACUACAGGAACAUCAUCGAGAGGCUCCAGGACAUCGUCUCCGCCCUGGAGGACCGCUUGCGGCCUUUGGUCCAGGCCGAGCUCUCUGUGCUGGUGGACGUGUUGCACCGACCGGAGCUGCUCUUCCCGGAGAACACGGACUCCCGCAGGAAGUGUGAGAGCGGCGGCUUCAUCUGCAAACUCAUCAAACACACAAAGCAGCUGCUGGAGGAGAAUGAGGAGCGGCUGUGCAUCAAGGUGCUGCAGACUCUGAGGGAGAUGAUGACCAAAGACAGGGGCUACGGCGAGAAGCUGAUUGCCUUUGAUGAUGAAAUGGAUGUGCCUGAGGAACUUGAUCAAAACCAGCCCCAGAAGCAACUGGAGGACCAGAAGAGGGGUGAAGCUCUAAGGCAGAUUCUGGUGAACCGUUACUAUGGAAACUUUAGAGCUGGCGGAAGGAGAGACAGCCUGUCGAGUUUCAGUAAUGGUCCCGUGGCCCCUGGAGGGUCAGGCAAGACCCAAGCAGGUGGGACACUGGUGGCUGGGUCCUUAAGUCGCGGAGAAAUGGGCCUCAUGGAAGUGCAGUGUCACCUGGACAAGGAAGGAGCUUCGGAUCUGGUCAUCGACCUCAUUAUGAAUGCCACCAGUGACCGUGUAUUCCAGGAGAGCAUCUUACUGGCCAUAGCACUGCUGGAAGGGGGCAACACCACAAUCCAGCGCUCAUUCUUCUGCCGGCUCACUGAGGAUAAGAAGUCGGAGAAGUUUUUCAAGGUGUUCUACGACCGAAUGAAACUGGCCCAGCAGGAGAUUAAAGCAACCGUGACUGUAAACACUAGUGACUUGGGCAGCAAGAAGAAGAACGAUGACGCCAUGGACCGGGAAGUUCCUGUCCGCAAGAAAGCAGCUAAGGAUGCUGCUGUCAUGGUGACGGAGGAGGUGCGUGAGCAGCUGCUGGAAGCCUCCUCCGCCACCAAAAAGGCCUUCAACUCGUAUCGGCGUGAGGCCGACCCCGAGGAGCACUUCGCCUCCGCAGAUGGCCCAGCCAGCGCAGGCGACAAGAGCCAGGAUGAUGGGGAGAUGAGUGUCAUCAUCGCCAUCAUGCAGCCAAUCCUGCGCUUCCUGCAGCUGCUUUGUGAAAACCACAACCGUGAUCUGCAGAACUUCUUGCGUUGCCAGAACAACAAGAACAACUACAACCUGGUGUGUGAGACACUGCAGUUCCUGGACUGCAUCUGUGGCAGCACCACCGGGGGCUUGGGCCUGUUAGGCCUCUACAUCAAUGAGAAGAACGUGGCCCUCAUUAAUCAGACUCUGGAGAGCCUGACAGAGUACUGCCAGGGUCCCUGUCAUGAGAAUCAGAAUUGCAUUGCUACUCACGAGUCAAAUGGGAUUGACAUAAUCAUAGCCUUGAUUCUGAAUGAUAUCAACCCCCUGGGGAAAAAGAGGAUGGAUCUGGUGCUGGAGCUCAAAAACAAUGCUUCCAAACUUCUCCUGGCCAUCAUGGAGAGUCGACAUGACAGUGAGAACGCAGAGAGAAUCCUAUAUAAUAUGAGGCCCAAGGAGCUGGUAGAAGUAAUCAAGAAGGCCUACAUGCAGGGUGAGGUGGAGUUUGAGGCUCCUGAUAAUGAGGAAAAUGCUGAUGACCACGCUGCUUCUCCUCGGAAUGUCGGACACAACAUAUACAUCCUCGCCCAUCAGCUCGCACGCCACAACAGAGAACUACAGGCCAUGCUGAAACCGGGAGCCCCCAGUGGCGAUGGCGAUGAGGCCCUGCAGUUUUAUGCCAAGCAUACAGCUCAAAUUGAGAUUGUGCGGCAGGAUCGCACCAUGGAGGAGAUAGUCUUUCCUGUGCCAAACAUCUGUGAGUUCCUGACCAGUGAGUCCAAGCUGCGAGUGUACUACACCACAGAGCGUGACGAACAGGGCAGCAAGAUCAAUGACUUCUUCCUGCGCGCUGAGGACCUCUUCAAUGAGAUGAAUUGGCAGAAAAAGCUGCGAGCCCAGCCAUUUCUUUACUGGUGUUCUCGCAACAUGUCAUUCUGGAGCAACAUCUCCUUCAAUCUGGCUGUGCUCAUGAACCUGCUGGUGGCUUUCUUCUACCCCCUGGAAGGUGUCCAUGGAGGUACCCUGGAGCCGCACCUGUCUGCCAUGCUGUGGCUAGGCAUACUGGUGUCACUAGCGAUUGUCAUAGCUCUGCCGCAGCCUCAUGGUGCCCGAGCUCUCAUCGCCUCCACCAUCCUACGCCUUAUUUUUUCUGCGGGCCUAGAGCCCACACUAUUCCUGCUAGGGGCCUUCAAUGUUUGCAAUAAAAUAAUCUUCCUGAUGAGCUUUGUGGGAAACAGAGGUACCUUCACCAGGGGUUACAAGGCCAUGGUCCUUGACAUGGAGUUCCUCUACCACCUGCUGUACCUGAUCAUCUGCAGCCUGGGAGUGUUUGUGCAUGUAUUCUUCUACAGUUUGCUGCUCUUUGACCUUGUCUACAGAGAGGAGACCCUUCUAAACGUCAUUAAAAGCGUAACACGUAAUGGACGUUCUAUAGUCCUGACUGCAGUCCUGGCCCUCAUCCUGGUCUAUCUCUUCUCCAUUGUUGGGUACAUAUUUUUCAAAGAUGACUUCAUCCUGGAGGUGGACAGAAUACCAAAUACAACUGUGGAGAGUGGCGCCAGCAUGGCAGGUGAGUUCCUGUCUGCUGGAGUAUGCAAGACUGACAACGGGGGGAACUGCUCCAUGGAAAACGCUUUGGAAGAGGCUUCUGAGGACCUUUCUGAAGAUAAAGAGCGCACAUGUGACUCCCUGCUCAUGUGCAUCGUCACCGUGCUGAGCCAUGGACUGCGGAGUGGGGGAGGAGUUGGGGACGUCCUACGCAAGCCUUCCAAAGAGGAGCCCCUGUUUGCUGCAAGGGUGAUCUAUGACCUCCUGUUCUUCUUCAUGGUUAUCAUCAUUGUCCUUAACCUAAUCUUUGGAGUCAUCAUCGACACCUUCGCUGACCUCAGGAGCGAGAAGCAGAAGAAGGAGGAGGUCCUCAAGACAACAUGUUUCAUUUGCGGGCUGGAAAGGGAUAAGUUUGACAAUAAGACAGUGACAUUCGAGGAACACAUAAAAGAGGAACACAACAUGUGGCACUACCUGUACUUCAUUGUUCUUGUGAAGGUCAAGGACUCUACAGAGUACACAGGGCCUGAGAGCUACGUGGCUGAGAUGAUCAAGGAGCACAAUCUAGACUGGUUCCCUCGGAUGCGGGCUAUGUCCCUGGUGAGCAGUGAUGCGGAAGGGGAGCAGAAUGAGAUCCGCAACUUACAGGAGAAGCUGGAGUCUACCAUGAAGCUUGUAUCUAACCUGUCUAGCCAACUAACCGAACUCAAGGAACAGAUGACUGAGCAACGGAAGCAAAAGCAGCGCAUCGGGCUGCUGGGCCACCCGCCGAACAUGAACGUGAACCCCCAGCAGCCGGCGUGAGGGCGUAGAUCCACCUCAGGCCGAGCUGUUAGCUCUGCAGAUUUCACGCCUUCCUGCUGCAUUCUGAAUGUGUGGCCGACGGGCCGGGCUAUGAGGCCCAAGCAGAAACAUCUAGCGAUUUACAAGUUAAAAGUGUUUCAGGUGACUUAAAGGUACCUACCUGUGUAAACCGCCAUUUACCUUGUCCCUGUCCUGUUUAGAUUGUUGCCAGUCUGUUUUUAUACGAAGUGGUUGGGUUUCAAUGACGUGGCCUUCACUGGGUGAACUUGAAAUGCCGCAAAGCCAUACAGGACAGAGACCAACUGAAUGGGACACUCAACAUGAAGUUUCGAUGUAUGAAUGAGACCAUUUUUUGCCAGAGGGGGGAACAGUAUUUAAUGUCUUAUUUUUGUAUGUGCAAUAUGGGUACUGUAAUAUGCAGCCACAUUGAUGUAUAAUAUUUGUGUCUAAAAAGAAAAAAGGUAAAAUACUCCUUUUCUGGGUCCUUCUUAUUUAAUGAUCCUGAACUAAAGGAUGAGGUUGUUUCACUCAGAGUGCUGUUGGUACAUCUCUUCCAUUAUAAAGAACAUUAACCCCACUGGCUUUGCAUGAAUGGACCUCGCUGGUUAUUUAUACAUCAUCUCUCUUCAGGGCAUCAUGAAGUGAGACCUAAAUGUUUAUGAAAUUUCACAAGUGCUUUGUUAAUUUGUAUAUGGUCUGAGAGCAAUACAUGCAAUCUAUUUUUUCUGGAAAAAAAAAAAAAGAUCUUACGUGUUUGUCAUUCCUCUAUAUUUAUUAUGAACCUAUUUUAUGGCACAUUGUGUGAGUAAUAUUUUUUAGUACAGUAGCAGUAAGAUCACCAAAUUUCCACAUUUUCCCACGAAUUUCCACAGAAAGCUGCAGGAUUUGGAGUUUCUCUAGUCUCCGAUUUAGCUUCCCCUGACUCAUGUAUCGCAGUCAUUCCUCUGUGAGGUUUGUGACCUUCUGACUGCUGCCAGUCAUUGUAUCUCUCCCUUCCAGAGCUGUAGCUUAGCACUGACACACUACCUGGAAAGUCACCUGAGGGUCAUAGUGUAGAUGUGAGUUCAGGUACGAUGAAGUUUUCCUUUUAAAAACAACCAAGAUUUGUACUAAGGGCCAUUUUUAAUAAUGGGCAUCAAGCCAAAUAGAAAUAUUCUGAGUAAUAAUAUAAAUUAUUUGAAUCUUGUUAGGGCUGUAUAUUCAUUUAAUAAAAUAUAUUUAAUAAAGCGUGUGUCUUUCACCAUA